AUGCCUGAUGACGUCGACUCCGUAGCCUUCAGUGCUCCUCCGUUCAUCAGCCAGGACCCUUCCACGUGGUUCUCCAUCCUGGAAUGUAACUUCAAGGCUUCCAAGAUAACAGUAAGUCUAACCAAGUUCGUGAAGGCCUCUACAGUACUACCAGCUGACGUUCUUUCACAAGUUGCUGAUGUCGUCAGUGCUGCCAGCACUUCUGCUUCGCCCUAUGAAGACCUCAAAGCUGCUGUUCUGCAACGCCUACAAUCUACAGUGUCGAGGCGCCUCCAGGAGCUUCUGUCAAAAGAAGAACUUGGUGGUGAAAAGCCCACAGACCUUCUUCGCCGCAUGAAGAAGCUGCUUGGCGACAAGUACGAGUACACCUCCUUCGACAAGGAACUCUUCUUACAGCUGUUCUACCAACGCCUGCCUCCUGACACUCAACGCUGCCUCUUCACUGUCAAGAACAAGCUCUCAGUAGACGAGCUUGCCACUCUCGUCGAUGAAUUCAUGGCUACCCUUCCACAAGGUCAACCAGCUGCAGUAGCCUCCAUCUCAGCAGAAGACAGUACCAAGCAACUUGUUGAGCUCAUCUCACAGCUUAGACUUGAAGUGAGAGAUCUUCGGAGAGAGGUCAGAGAACGCUCAUACUCACGUUCGCGUUCUUCCUCCAGACACCACUUCCGGCGCCGCCAGCGUUCAAAGAGUAAGACGCCGGAGACUUCUAGUUUCUGCUACUACCAUGAAGAGUUCGGGAAAGACGCAAGAAAUUGUAAGGCUCCCUGUACCUUCGCCAAGUCUUUAAACCCCAACAGCGAGCACUAG